AUGGAGGCCGCGCCCGCAAAAUCGGCUGCAACCAGCGGCGGAGGCGACGGGGGAGUGGCCGCUCCGCUGCCCGCACCGAUGCCGGUGGCGAACGCGCCGCCUCCGUUCCUGGUGAAGACGUACGACAUGGUGGACGACCCCGGCACGGACAAGAUAGUGUCCUGGGGCCCCAACAACAACACGUUCGUCGUGUGGGACUCUGCGGAGUUUGCCAAAGACUUGCUGCCCAAGUACUUCAAGCACAACAAUUUUUCGAGCUUCGUUCGCCAGCUCAACACCUAUGGUUGGGGAAACUUUUCUGUUUGUUUAGGGACAGAAUCAGAUAGAUGCUUAGUUACUAAAGGAGAACGUGAGGCUAUCGCCGGUGCAAAGGCAGGUGCCUUUCGAGUGGGGGCGUUUGAGGCAGAGGUGCUUAUCGUUAAGCUUUUAACAGAGGAGUACAGUUCUUUUAUUUUUAAGGAAGAAAGCAAGCACCUCCUCAAAGGCAUCAGCCGUCGGAAACCCGCUCACGGCCACCACCCUCCCCACCACCACCACCAACUGCCGCCCAACGGGCAGAGCUCGGCCGGUCCUUGCGUGGAGGUCGGCAAGUUUGGGCUUGAGGAAGAGGUGGAGAGGCUCAAACGGGACAAAAACGUUCUGAUGCAGGAGCUCGUCCGUCUCCGGCAGCAGCAGCAAACGACCGAUGGCCAGCUUCAGGCAAUGGUCCAGCGGCUCCAGGGCAUGGAACAACGCCAACAGCAAAUGAUGUCCUUUCUCGCUAAAGCCGUCAACAGCCCGGGCUUCCUGGCCCAAUUCAUGCAGCAGCCGCCGCCCGACGGUGGGGCACGCCGCAUAACCGAGGGCAACAAGAAGAGGCGUCUCAAGCCGGAUGAAAGUUGCGACGAAAGCUCGCCGGUGGCCGAUGGACAACAGCAGAUUGUUAAGUACCAGCCGAUGAUGAACGAGGCGGCCAAAUCCAUGCUCCGACAGAUCAUGAAGCUCGACUCCUCCCCGCGGCUCGAGGAUAGCCCACCGCCGGCUGUCUCCGGCGGGCUGACCCUUCAGGAGGUGGUCCCGCUGGCGGCGAUUACUGACGUCCAUUCGCCGGAGCUGCCGCCUCCGGCAGCCGGAAUCCACCCGCCACCGCCGCCGACGGACGACUCGAUCAUGACGGAGCUUUCCCAGAUGGUGGUGCCGCCACCCGAGGGGGAUGGGAUGCCGUUCGAUAUCGGGGGUCUUUCACCCGAUCCUCAUAUGGAGUGGGAUGCGGCCAACUUAUUGGACGAGAUACCCGAGCUUCCGGGGGUUAGCGACCCGUUUUGGGAAAAGUUUCUUGAGGGUCCUGUGGGUCCGGAGGAGGAUGCGGCUGCGGCUGCGGCUGCGGCGGGGGAUGAAACGAGGCCGCCCGAGGAAAACGGGUGGGACAAGACGAAGCAGAACGUGGCACGGCUGACGGAGCAGAUGGGGCUGCUGACGUCGGAUUCGGAGAAGGUUUGA